UGUGCAAAUUUUAAUUGUGUAAUGAAGUAUUUUCUGUUACUCAACUGCUACAAAUAUUAUUUUAUGGUAUCAAUAUAUCAACACACUCUUGUCUUGGCUCGUUGAGCAUAUUUUCAAGAGCAGGUCAGAGUAACUCAAGCACACGUGAAAGUGUCAUUAAUUAGACAGAAUGGAGCUUAAAAAGUUUGUUUUCCUUUCCAGCGUACAAUCAUUGUUAUCUUCCACCGCGCCAUUAACAUAAAAUACACAAUGCUGACCUAGUAGAAGCUCUCUACCGCCAAUGCAGUUUUAAAGGCCGUGUGUCUUUCCACUCUAUCUUCUAAAUUAGAUCUAGUUCAGCAUUUAAUAAGCUUUAUUAAGUUUCCUACUUAUUGCAUACGUUCUCGUGUCCUGAGGGUAGCAUUUACUUGCAAUCUUGAUAAGACAAGAAACAUUUAUUUAAAACUAAACGUUUCCGUGAAUAUUUGCUGUAAUUAACAAUGGGACUUUUCGCUAUGUGAAUAAUUACUGUGUACAUUGUUUAACGUAUUACAGACACGACAUUACAUAUAAAGAUCCUUGAAAAGGUUUGAAGAAUGUCACAAUAAAAGUUUAAAAAUUGUAAAGCUUGUCUUAUGAUAUGAUUAAUUCAGAUUUCUUAUAAAUAUAAUAAGUAAUUGAAGAGUUAAGAUUGUACCAUUACGUCGUUUUCUGAGCUUAGACAACUGUAUAAUGUACUCGCGUUUAAUAUAGAUAAGGUAUUUGUCGAACAGUCGUGUUUGAGAAGUCCCAUUAGAGUGUGAAGAAUAGUUAACAUUUUCGCUAGGCGGUUAGCGGUUGUAGUUCUCGCGUAAUGUGAAACGAUCGUCGACGUUCUCGUAACUUCGUUUUUUAUCUCGCUGGGAGAUCGUAAAAGCUGUACAGAGAAUUGACAAUUUAAACGAUGUACGUUGUUUGGUCGACCUUGUACUCUUCUUACAAAGUCGUUUACACAUGACGCCGAGCAGGAAGAAUGAUAUCAUUUUAGCAUAAUAUUAAUUUUAAUUUUAUAUUCAUUAUGAUGGCUCCUCCCACUUCGUCUCACAUUCCUUCGCUUCUUCCCUUCAUUGGACGUAAGUGGAGGCUGACACGAUUCGCAGUAGGGUAACCUUGAGCAGCCAAAUAAUUUUGUCUCGACUCAGGAGGAGGUCUACAUUUCUCUGAAAUUUUGUAAUGACUUAAAUAAAGCUGAUAGAUAGCAUUAGACUAGUUACAAGAAUAAUUUUGUGAGAACUGAUUUACCGAAGUAAAGGUUUUUUUUUUUUUUGAUAUUCGAAAGACAGUAACGAAAGUUGCUCGACGAGGGUUGUCGAUGCAUGUACUUGUUAUCGGGCUUAUUAUUCGAGCUCCUUCGACGAAAGCGUGAAUAGACAUCGCAUUAGACCGCGUGCAUCUCGUCAUCCCUUUGGCCAAGUGCACGAAAGAUCUAUUUCAAGGGGAAACGAUAAAACACAGCCGUCUGUAAUUAUCUGUGUCAUCGCGCAUGCACUAUGGCUAAAGAAAACAAGACACAUCGGCACGUGAGGGUCCUGUCGGCGUUAAAAGGAUGCCCAUGCUAGCGUUCAACCCCAGUCCGUUGACAGACAUCUCUCACCGAUGGUUUACAACGUCCUAAACGCUUUCCCAGCCACCCUAAUUGCGUGAAAAUAUUUUCUGACCAAACGAGGCCUCUCGCAAACUCGAACGAGACUGUGUUCUUAAACUUCUCGACAAUUUCGAAAGUAUCCAAACUCCUGCGCUUCAAAUAGGAUCCGCAUCGAAUUUCCGCAGACCUGCGUCGAAUUUUCUGCAACAGAAACGUUUCUUUUUAGGAAAGUCAAAAAUCGAAUUCAACUCGAUUCUUUUUCUUCGAUCGAUUUUUGAACAAAGUUGGCCUGGAGAGUGGCAGAUCGUCGCGCGACGAAUUCAAAGCCGUGAUAGUUUCGCUUGUGAAUUUAUUAUAGCAAUCUGGACACCGAUGCGAUGCCGAUCAAGCUCUACUAUCGAGGUUACUCGAGAACGGAUCACGAAAACGAAACGGCGCCGGAUGAAACUUCUUACAAGACGACCAACAAGGCCACGUUGAAUUAUUUGAGAAAUCACGAUCUGAAUCUACCUUAUUCUAUCAACACGGUUCACUUGCAGAACCCGUACAAGCAAUCCCAACGACUGGAAGGAUACUCAACGAGGGAGAACUUUAAAGUGCGAUCAGGGUCGGUGAAGAUCAUGUAUCGAUCAAGGGACACGACGCUAAGAUGGAGGGCCAAUAAAAAUGCAGUGUCGAAGAGGGACACCUCCAUGCUGCAACAUUACGAUCACGACGACGAUAAGAAUAUAAGGAAACAUGAAAAUGUGCAACAGUGUUUUAACAAUUCAGACAUAAACAAUUCUCUGAAACAAUACUGCACGAACAGUUCGCUUCAUGGCUUGCGUUACGUUGGCGACUCAAACCUAACGAUCAUGGAAAGAAUCUUCUGGAUAAUCUCGUUCACGCUUGCGGUUGCAACUGCCAGUUACUACAUCUGGUAUCUGUACUGGAAAUGGUCCUUGUCGCCUAUCAUCAUCUCCUUGAGCCCUGAAUCUGCAUCGUUGAACGAAAUUCCGUUUCCCUCGAUCACCCUUUGCAACAUGAACAAUGUGAAAAAUAGCGACGCAGUGCGCAUUAACGCUGGAAAUGACGCACGGCUGAAGCUGUUGUUAGAAGACAGAUGCAACUUCGAUUCCAACAUAACGGCCUUCGAUCUCGACGAGAGCACGAUAACAUGGAGUAGCAUGCUGCAUUUUAUGAUCAAUAUGUCGCAAACCUGCACGGAGAUGUUGCAUUUGUGCUCCUGGCAUGGUAACGUUACCGAAUGUGCGAGGAUCUUCAAUCCUACUAUGACCGAUGAGGGAAUAUGCUGCAACUUCAACUCUGUGCACAGGAAAUAUCUAUUUUACAAUCCACGAGAUUGGCCCGACCUGAACAUCACGUACCCGUACAGUAGCAUCGAUUGGAACCCUGAAACUGGCUACGACGAAAACGUGGCCGCCGAUUCUCUGCCAUGGAGGCCGUACGGCGCUGGACAAUUCUACGGUUUAACUUUGGUCCUCGACGCGGACGUAGCGGAAUAUUAUUGUUCGUCCACUGCCAGCGUGGGUUUCAAGAUGCUGCUGCACAACCCAGUGGAGACCCCUAAAAUAGCCGAAUUCGCGUUCACUGUGACUCCGGGUGAGGAGACCAGGGUAAUCAUAACGCCUCGGAUAUCGACCGCCAGCAUGUCGAUAAUCUCCAUUCCUCAGAAGAAGAGGAAGUGCUUCUUCACGACCGAGCGAAAGCUGCGCUACUACAGGACCUACACGCAGAGGAAUUGCGUAUUGGAAUGCGAGGCGAACUUCACCCAAAAAAUUUGUCACUGCGUCCAGUAUUACAUGCCCAAGUCCUCGAACACGCCGAUCUGCGAGAAGAAAGACGAUGCAUGCGCGACGAACGCUCGAAGAGCGAUGGAAAUGAAACUUUACGACGAGGACAGUGGCUUAACUUCUUUAAACGUUUCGGGAACGCCCAGCUGCAACUGCUAUCCAGGGUGCUUCGAGAUCAACUACAACGUCGAGAUUUCGCAGAGUAAAUUAGUUCCCAACUUCAAUAUCGCCGAGGGCUAUGUGAAGAAGAGCAAAAAAUAUUUCACCGAGAACAUGGCAGUGGUUCACCUAUUUUUCGUCGAGUCCCAGUUCACCAAAUACGUGAAAAACGAACUGUUUGGAUUCACGGAGUUCCUUUCAAGCACGGGUGGCUUAUUGGGACUCUUCAUGGGCUUUAGCUUCCUCUCGCUGGUGGAAAUUGUUUAUUUCCUAACGCUGCGGAUCUGCUGUCGUAUAUAUAAAAACAAUCAAGCUGCUCGUAACAUUCUUCAGGUGCAGCCGUUAGAUCAGAGCCAGAACGUAAUUUACCCAUUUGUACAGUAAUUUUUGCUGAAGAAUCUUAUUUUUAAAAGUUCACAAACAUACGAGCAAUACAUGUAAAUAAUUAUCGAAAUAAUAUACGAAAUAUACGAUUCAGUGUGCUGUGCUAAUUACAUUAAAAAAAAAAUAUUCCCUAAAUA